UGGCAUCUCAUUUAUCUCUUGUUCUCCUGCGGCUGGACUCUGGGAUUUGCAACGAGCCGACGAUUCCUUCGACACUUCGACCGGCGACGUGCGGCAGCGACAAAAACUUCCGUCGAGGCGGCGACCGACCGACAGUGAUAGGGAACUGAAACUAAUUUGAAAAUUGUUUGGAGUAUGAAAGAAGAGACUAUCUUAAUAUGUUGCUCUAUUGUUGUUGAAUUCACUCUGUGAACAGCCAUAUCAAUCUCUGCUAAUCCGUUCCAAAAUAUAUCUAAAAGAAGCAGAAGUUUAUCUCAUGAAUUCAAUAUCCGUUUCCUCGUCUUUCCAUCCCGUCACAUCACCUGCUCAUACACUUAUUCCAAAUACCCGCUUACAACCAUUUAAUUGUUGUAUUAGCCCUUACUCCCUUAAAAAUCAUAAAUCCCCCUCUCUCGCCCUUCAACUUCCAGUUGCUCGUCGCAAUUUUCAAACCUGUACUAGUGCUACAACUCCUUCAAAUGAGGGAACAGUUUCUGUAGUUAGCUUUGAGGAUGUUAUGGAGAAAGACUGGUCAUUUCUUGAUGCUAAUAAUGGACAUUCAGAUGAGGAGCAUGAAGAAAAGAUUAAGAAAAUUAUAACUGCUGGAGGGAUUUCAGAGAAUUCAAAAGUUUUAAUUUCAAUCAGUUCUGAAGAAUUUGUGGAUAGAGUGGUUGAUUCAUCGCCUUGCAAACAAAUUCUUGUAGUUCAUGACUCUCUCUUUGUGCUAGCGUGCAUCAAAGAGGCAUAUGACAUGGUUAAAUGUUGGCAAGGGGAACUAAUAUAUGUACCGGAGAAGUGGGCACCUUUCGAUGUAGUGUUUCUCUACUUCCUUCCUGCCAUGCCCUUUGAGCUUAGUCAAGUUCUAGAAGCACUCGGGAAGCGAUGUAUGCCAGGUGCGAGAAUUGUGAUAAGUCAUCCCCAAGGCAGGAAAGUGCUCGAAGAACAGCGAAAGCAAUACCCCGAUGUAGUAGUGUCGAACUUGCCAGAUAUGACAACGUUGCAGAAUGCCGCUGUUGAGAAUUCAUUUGAAAUUAUGAGCUUUGUUGAUGAGAUGGGUUUGUACCUUGCCGUUUUGAAAUUCAAGGGAUGAACUUAAUUUGGAAGAUUUAGCCUCUGGAUUUGUGUUAGCAAUCCUUUAUGAAGGGAUUUUGUUAUUGACCAUUGUGAUUUCCUUUAUCAAUUACUGUGUAUGUUCAGAGGUUAAUGUAUUCAUAGAAAUGAUAGAAUUGACCAAUGGCCUUGCCUUCUUGUUAUGGCGGUUGUAUUUUGUAAUGCCAGUUCAUUUUUAGGUCACUGAUUCAACUACUAAAGUGUGGUGGUGAUUUUAUUGGGGGUUGAAGCAAACUAUUCUAA